UGACAGUUGACAGUCCUAAAAUAGCUGUAAACUCGAAACUGUAAACUAUAACUAUCGUCACUUGAUUUAAAUCAAAUAAUGCCGAAUUGUUUGAUCAAAAAUAAAAUAUUUUAACAUUUUAUUUUUUGUUCAACAAUGGGUGUCCCAGCAUUCUUUCGAUGGUUGAGUAGAAAAUAUCCAUCUGUUAUUGUGAAUUGUGUGGAACAAAAACCAGUAGAUGUUAAUGGAGUAAGCAUACCAAUAAAUUCAUCAGAGCCGAAUCCAAAUGGCUGUGAAUUUGAUAAUUUGUAUCUGGAUAUGAAUGGUAUAAUUCAUCCAUGUACCCAUCCAGAAAACAAACCAGCUCCUAAAAAUGAAGACGAAAUGAUGAUUGCUAUCUUUGAGUGCAUAGAUAGGCUAUUCACAAUUGUAAGACCAAGGAAACUUCUAUAUAUGGCUAUAGAUGGGGUAGCACCUAGAGCUAAGAUGAACCAACAGAGGUCAAGACGUUUUAGAGCGUCAAAAGAAACUACAGAAAAGAUACAAGAAAUUAAAAGAAUCCGAGCUGAAUUACUUCUUAAAGGAGCAGUGUUGCCACCUGAAAAACCCAAGGAAGAACAUUUUGAUUCUAAUUGUAUUACACCUGGAACACCCUUUAUGGCAAGAUUAUCAGAUUGUUUACAUUAUUAUAUUCAUGAAAGACUCAAUAAUGACCCUGGUUGGCAAAACAUUAAGAUUAUAUUGUCUGACGCAAAUGUUCCUGGAGAAGGUGAACAUAAAAUCAUGGACUACAUCAGAAGGCAAAGGAGUCAACCGGACCAUGAUCCUAACACUCAGCAUGUAUUAUGUGGAGCAGAUGCUGAUCUUAUAAUGUUAGGAUUAGCCACACAUGAACCUAAUUUUACUAUCAUCAGGGAGGAAUUCAAACCCAAUCAACCAAGGCCUUGUGAGAUUUGUGGACAAGUUGGUCACGAGAUGAAGGACUGUGUAGGUGGAUGUAGAUCAGAGCACGAAAAACCAGCUGAUGUAGCCAUAGGUUCAGAAACUGAUUUUAUUUUUGUCAGAUUAAAUGUUUUAAAAGAGUACCUGGAACGGGAACUUCAAAUGACGAAUUUACCCUUCAAAUACGAUUUUGAUAGAGCUGUAGAUGAUUGGGUUUUCAUGUGUUUCUUUGUUGGUAAUGACUUUUUACCACAUUUACCUAGUCUUGAAAUUAGGGAAGGUGCUAUUGACAGAUUGGUGGGACUGUACAAGAAUUGUGUGUACAAAACAGGGGGCUGGUUAACCAACAGCGGUGAAGUUAAUCUAGAGAGAGUACAAAUGAUUAUGUUAGAAUUGGGCAAAGUUGAAGAUGAAAUAUUUAAAACAAGACAACAAAAAGAACUACAGUUCAAAGCAAGAGAAAAGGCAAAAAAGAGACGAUCUGAUGGUUAUGGCCAAUACAGGCCCAACUGGAAUUUAGUAAAAGAUACACAGUUUGCACCUACAGCCAUUGGUCAACAUAAGCCCAUUGUGAAUGCCAGACAAGAGGCUUUUAAUAUGCGUAAAGCUGGAAUGCACUCUCAAUCUAAUGUAGAUAUCAAGCUGCAGACAACAAACGCCAAAACAGCUUUGGAAUCAAUGUUCAGACCGGCUGGUAGUUCAAAUGAUUCUCAGCAAGACCUUAAACGACCCAGAGAAGAUGACGAUGAGGAAGAUCAAGCUCACGACGAGGUCAGAUUGUGGGAAGAUGGCUUCAAAGAUCGUUAUUAUGAGUCUAAGUUUGACGUUGGCUCAGACCAAUUGGAAUUCAGAUAUGCAGUGGCUCUACAUUACGUUCGAGGCCUAUGUUGGGUUCUCAAAUACUACUAUCAAGGCUGCGCUUCUUGGAAAUGGUAUUUCCCAUACCAUUAUGCCCCUUUUGCAUCAGAUUUUUGUAAUAUUGCAGGCCUAAGCACAGAAUUUGAAAAAGAUACCAAACCGUUUAAGCCCUUGGAACAACUUAUGGGCGUGUUUCCAGCAGCAAGUUGCAAACAUGUGCCCGAACCUUGGGCCGAAUUAAUGUCUGACCCUGAUUCGCCUAUAAUUGAUUUUUAUCCAGAAGACUUCAAAAUAGAUCUUAAUGGAAAAAAAUUCGCCUGGCAGGGAGUAGCGCUGUUACCAUUUGUAGAUGAAAAACGGCUUUUUAAAGCUUUGGAACCAUAUUAUAAAAAAUUAACGCCCUACGAAAUAAAGAGAAACAUCCGAGGUGAUGACAAAUUGUAUGUUUCCCCUAAGAACAAAGGAUUUGACCUUUUAAGUAAUUUGUAUAAGCAGGGAGUGGCUAACGAUGCUCAAUGUGCUAUUUCUUUAGAUGGAAUGGCCGGAACUGUUUUGAUUUCGGAAAUAAACGUCGAAUAUGGAGGAGAUUUGCAUUCACCUGUAACCGAUUUGCCGAGUAUAACAGAUAACACAGUGACUUGUGUCAGAUUUAGAGAUCCACAAUAUCCUAGGGACUACAUUUUCCUUGCGAAAAAAUUAACAGGGGCUAAGGAUCCCACUAGAGUGUUAAAACCGGGUGAUCUUAAUGCGGAGGAUAACAGAAAAUGGCGGCCGCAGAUUGGCAUGGUACCAUCUACACAGAGGGCGAAUUUGGAUAUUUCUGGUCACAGAACAAUUAAUCAUUACACACGUAAAGAACAUGGACAAUAUGGUAAUGUUCCUCCACCGGGUAAUUUGGAGAGGAGAAAUAACUAUAACGAUUACCGUGGCAACUACAACCAAAGGUCGUUUGACAACAGAGGAUCGUCAUACCAGCAACAAAAUUAUAAUCAGACUGGGCAGUACAACAAUAAUUACAAUAAUAAUUAUGGUGGUAAUCAGGGCAAUUAUCGUAAUCAAGGAGGAAGAAAUGACAGGGAUCAGCAACAAGGUAGACCUGCUGGACCUUACAAAGAUAGAUACGAAGCGGGUAAUAGAUAUUCAAGAAGAUAGAUUACAAAUGAAUAAUAUUUUAAGAUUAUCAAGCAAAAUGUAUAUAAUAUGAGAAUUACUGAGAUUGUUAAUAUUUAUGCAAGCGGUUCAUUAUUUGAUAAAAAAAAAAUUAAACAUUUUCAAGGGGCUACAAAAUAAACACAUCAUAAAAAUGGAGAAUAUUAUUAAUUAUGAAAAAAGUUAAUUUACUGCAGUCGCCUGCUAUUUUAUUCAGUAACCUAACCUUACUGCCGAUUAAUGCUUUUGCAACCUAUAAUUUUAAAACAAAAAUAUUUAACAGGUGUCUGGAAAUGUUUUGAACAGAAUACAAAAAAUCUGUAAAAAAUAAAUUUGUAUAUGGAAUAUGUAUUACAUAUUAUAUAGCGUAAAUCUGACUGAUCUUUUGUGGUUAAUAGCGUAUCGAAAGAAGAAGUCAAUUUUUUAUCCUGUAAAAAUAUCCUAUUUGACAAAGUUUAUAUUUAAACAGAUUUUCUACAUUUAUGAUCUCAGAAAUUAUUGGCAACCCUAUGUUGUCCUCAUGUUUAUCAAUUUGAAUUUGAUAUCAUUUUUAUAGUAGAUGUUAUAAAGUUAAGGAAU